CUCGGUGGGCAGCUCCUACUACAGCUGGGCUGGGCUGGGCUGGGCUGGGCGGGCUGCGCGGAGCUCGGAGCUCGCUGCACACACCAGCUCGGAGAGGAGAAAGCCUCUUCUCUGACCAGCCUCGGAGCCAAGAUCUGCCAGAGAGCCUCAGGCUUCGGGACCUGGAAAGUGUGUCUGAAGAACCCACCCAGCACGCCAAUGGCCAGCAACAACACUGCCAGCAUAGCGCAAGCCAGGAAGCUGGUGGAACAGCUGAAGAUGGAAGCCAACAUCGAUAGGAUAAAGGUAUCCAAGGCAGCUGCGGACUUGAUGGCCUACUGCGAAGCUCAUGCCAAGGAAGAUCCCCUCCUGACCCCUGUUCCGGCUUCAGAGAACCCAUUUAGGGAGAAGAAGUUUUUCUGUGCCAUCCUUUAAGUCUUCACGAGGAACCUGAAGAGCCUCGGGGCUCCUGGGACACUGAUGUAGAGUUUCUAGCAAAGUGGGCGCCUUUCUAGUCCACAGCAUUUAAAAAGAGGGAGGAGAACCAUCCUGGAAUCUCCAGGCUAUGCAUGUUUAAAGAUUGGUCCCCUUUACGACAAUGAAAGCCAAUCCACACCCUGAGUUAAGAUCUGUUACCUGCAGAACUGCCUGGAGGAGGGGACUGUGUAAAGAUAAAAUCCGUGUCAUUUCUUUUCUGCUCUCCCUCCCGAAACCUCCUGUUUCUGCUUCAUAUUUAAAAAAAUAAAAUAAAAAUUCAAACAGACAGCUGUACUGAGCUAAGAUAUGUCUGACCUUCUUGGAAUGAAUAUUGCCUUUAGAAUACCCUUUGAUCAGCUGAGUUGUCCAGUGUAACCACGGUUCGGUUUAAUGGCAUUGAUGUCUAGUCUUUGUGCCUUCCUGUUCUUUUCUCCUUCUCCCCAACCUUCCCUCCAGCCCCUCCCAGUAGAGCAGUACAGAGAUCAGGCUGGACUUGUCUGUGAGACGGAACUCCAAGGAUGAGCACCCAAAAUGUUUAGGGAGAUAUUCCCCGUGGUUUAUCCGCAUAGUAAUAACAAAAACAAUGCCGGUUGUCUGUGUUCUCUUAUCACUAUUCCUGACAUUUGUACAUGAUAGCUUUGAUUCUGCAAGUAAAAGUAAAUCCUGUGUUG